AUGGGCCAUCCGCUUGACAUCGUAGAGAGGUUGUUCGACGACACUUUCGUGCCCGGGAUACUAGACGGGGACUUGUUUUCUCCACCGGUCUACCACCGUCGUUACUUCACGACUCCGCGGAGAGCCGACGCCAGCACUCUCGGCAGGCCGUUGUCGAACGAAGUCUCCUGUACAUCGGACAAGUUCGCUCUCAACCUCGAUGUGAGGAAUUACGCACCGGAAGAGAUCUCGGUGAAGACGACUGAAAACGUAAUCGAAAUUAAUGCCAAGCACGAAGAGAAGUCUGACGACCACGGCUACGUUCUUCGAGAGUUCACGCGGCGAUAUACGCUUCCGGAAGAUGUGGACCCUGAAACGGUGACAUGCAACAUGUCUGCCAGAGGAGUUCUCACACUUCAAGCGCCGAGGAAGAAAGCCGUGAAAGAAGAGAAGAGUGUUCCAAUUGCUGUGGAACACGUGAAGAAAGACGCCGUCACAGAGAAGUAA